AUCACAUGGUGCCGAGUGUGAAAGGGGAUGAACGAUGGCGGAUGCCGGCAGCUCCUCUCUGCUCCUCCUGCUCACCGCGUUUCUGCACCUUUCUGUCCCCGCCGGUGCCCUGCACACGGUCGGCUCCGUGCCCCUGGACACGGUCACGUUUUACAAGGUCAUCCCCAAACUGAAGUAUGCCCUGAUAAAGAUUGACACGCAGUAUCCGUAUGGAGAGAAGCAAGAUGAGUUUAAGAAAUUGGUGGAAAACUCUGCUUCCAGCAAGGAACUCUUGGUGGCUGAAGUGGGAAUAUCAGAUUAUGGCGAUAAGGAAAACUCAGAACUUGGGGAGAAAUAUAAAGUGGAAAAAGAUGACUUUCCGGUCUACCUGCUAUUCAUUGAUGGGGAUUUGGAGACUCCGGCCCGGUUUACCGGAGAGAUUAAACAGGAAGGCAUUCAGCAGUGGUUGAAGACUAAAGGUGUGUGGGUCGGGAUGCUCGGCUGCCUGGAGGCGUUCGAUUUCCUUGCCCAAGAUUUUAGCAGCACGAGGAGCGUGGAAGAACGGCAGAAGAUCAUGGGGAAGGCGAAGAACAGGAUGGAAAAGCUGCCGGAGUCCGAUCAGAAACUGGCGGAGCAGUACCACAAAAUCAUGAGCAAGAUGCUGGCGCAAGGCGACCCGUUUGUUAGCUCGGAGAUCGCGCGGAUCGGCAAACUGCUGGAAGAAAGCAAGAUGAGCUCAGCGAAGAAGGUGGAGUUCCAGAAGCGGCAGAACAUCCUGAGCUCGUUCCAGAUACCAAACUCACCAAGAGAGGAUUUGUGAGGGGGGUGGUUGUGGUGGUGGUGGAUGGGGAAAUCCAUUUUAACCGGGGAAAAAAGCUUCCUACCGUAAGCCAUGUUACUGCUAAGGUGAUCAGGAAAGAGAGCAUCUGCCUUCUGCACAUCUCCCUUUCCUGAUCGUUGCGAUCUAACAGCUCAUUUUCAGCUGCCACCUAGCAUCGCCCACUGGAUAUACAGCAGGAGCCAGUGAGAUAGAUAAAUACCACCCCUUGUGCGGCCCAACCUCACUCCCAGCUCUCGGUGUUGGACCGUGGAAGCCAGUUGUGCCAUGAUCCAUUUCCCUCGCAUCCCAAACUAACCCAGCGACUAACUACAUCACAAAGGGAAAUGGCAAAUGGCACAACUCUGCCACUUGUACCAAUUGAAUCCAAUUUUUUUUUAACUCAAGCAUAAAAUAAAUUACGGUGAAUUUUACUCUUCAGCAGUGACAUGGCUGAGUCUUAAUUGUUUACAAGCCUUUUUACAAUUUCAAUAUCUUAAAAAUACCUUUUCAUUUAUGUUUUGUUGAGCAUUAAGCAACAUGUGACAAACUCUCCUUCCAAAAACCUGUGUCUCAUUACAAACGUGUCCCAAUUUGGCUGUAUGCAAACCGAAGUCAGAGGUUUAAGGGAAUAACCUUGCAGAAAUUUGUCUCACUAACACUGGAUACCGUUGUAGUUUAGCCGCCUUUGUUCUCGCUGCUGCGUUGGCAACGCCUUUGAGAAACAUUCCCGAAUAAUGUCGCUGGAGAAUAAGAGGAGGAAUUGUACAAAAUCCCUGUCAAGGUCCACACUUCUGGUUAGAUGUUGUCAUUGAGUGACACAACAUGGAAAUAGGCCCCUCGGCCCAACUUGGCCAACAUGUCCCAGCUACACUUAGUCCCACCUGCCUGCGUAUUGCCCGUAUCCCUCCAAGCCUGUCCUAUCUGUUUCUUAAAUGUUAGGAUAGUCCCUGCCUCAACUACCUUCUCUGUUAGCUUGUUCCAUAUCCUCAGUUUCCCUGAAAGUUUCCCCUCAGAUUCCUAUUAAAUCUUUUCCCCUUCACCUUAAACCCAAGUAGUGUUGGUGUGCAAAGCACGAGCGAAGAGAAACGCGAGAACAUUUAUUGUCUCCCACCAGGUCAAGCUGAUCUCACCCCGUUUUUUUCCCCCCAGUAAAUCCUCUCACAUCACAACCCUUCUAUUCUGAUAGCAUCAUCUAGAGCAACCUCCUCAUGAACAAAGCUGAGACUAAAUCCUGCUUCUCUGCGCCCACGUUCACAAAUUGUCCCAGCACUUGUGGCAAUAAGGAAAAAUCUGGUCCCAUUCUGGUAACAUCCAAACACAUUCCACCCCAUUCUUCAAAAGAUUUUACCCCCUUUACCCCCCCUAGUCUAUCAGUGUUAUGAUUGUCCACAUGUGAAAACAAUUGUGUGCUCUAAUGAAUUAAUUGAUUUAAAAAAUGUAUUAAAAUUAUUAAUUUACUCUUA